AUCUUCUCUCUCUACAGUCUAACUUGACAACCAUUGUGAUCGACUGCAAAACCAUCUUUCUCUCUCUAAAAAUUUGCUCUUAUUUAUCACACCAAGUUGGUGAAAAUCAUUGGUUAACUUUUAUGGUUUUUGUCAACUUCUUUCCUUUGCUUCUCUUUCAGCUUUUGGUGUUCAAUCCACUCUGCAAAAGGAACCCUAGUUUCAUUUCUUUAUUGGUGUAGAUGACUGCCAAACCUAAAAGGGAUCAAGCAAGCUUCACAUAAUUUUAAGUGUGUUUGCCACAAUUGAAGGUGUGAUAUCCCUGCAUCCAUGAAUAGAUUUCAAGGCUAAGGUGACAACCUUUGUGAAAUUUCCACUGAGCUAGCAAAAAAUAAAGGUACAUUGAAUCUAAUGGCUGAAAGCGGAAAAGGAAGUCGUGACCUUGGCAGCCAGUCAGAUGAUAGCUUUCAAUAUGAAAGACAGUACAUUGAGCAGAUUUAUGAUGCAUUCAUAUGCCCUCUUUCAAAACAAAUUAUGAGAGACCCUGUUACCCUGGAAAAUGGGCAAACUUUUGAGCGAGAGGCUAUUGAAAAAUGGUUCAACGAUUGCAAGGAGAAUGGAAGAAAGCUGGUUUGCCCCUUGACAUUAAGAGAAUUAAAAACAAUGGACAUGAAUCCAAGUAUUGCUUUGAGGAACACAAUUGAAGAAUGGAAUGCUAGGAAUGAUGCCGUUCAGCUUGACAUGGCUUGCAAGUCUUUAACUCCUGGUAGUGUUGAAAGUGAUAUUUUGCAGGCUUUGAAGUUCAUUCAACAACUUUGCACAAAAAAUCUUUCAAACAAGCACAUCAUCCGUAAUGCUGAGCUCAUACCUAUGAUUCUUGACAUGUUGAAGAGCACCAGUCGUAAAGUCAGGUGUAGAGCUCUGGAGACUCUUCGAGUUGUGGUAGAGGAUGACAAUGAUAAUAAGGAAAUAAUGGCUGAAGGGGAUAAAGUGCGCACAAUUGUCAAGUUCUUGUCUAAUGAACAGUCCCAAGAAAGGGAAGAAGCUGUCUCGUUGCUCUUUGAGCUAUCUAAAUCUGAGGCUUUAUGCGAAAAAAUUGGCUCUGUCAAUGGGGCAAUUCUUAUUUUAGUUGGAAUGACAAGCAGCAAAUCAGAAAAUGUUUUGAUCGUUGAGAAGGCUGACAAAACUCUGGAAAAUUUGGAGAAGAACGAGAAUAACGUGAGGCAAAUGGCUGAAAAUGGCAGAUUGCAGCCUCUUUUGACACUUCUCCUAGAAGGUUCUCCCGAGAUCAAACUGUCUAUGGCUUCAUACCUUGGCGAUCUGGCUCUUAGCAAUGACGUAAAAGUCUUUGUGGCAAGAACGGUAGGCUCAUCAUUGAUCAACCUCAUGAAAAGUAUCGACAUACAGUCUCGAGAAGCUGCCCUAAAAGCCCUAAAUCAAGUCUCAUCUUGUGAGGCAAGUGCAAAGGUCUUGGUUGAGGAAGGUAUACUUUCUCCUCUUGUCAAAGAUCUCUUUGCCGGCCCAAACCAGCUUCCCAUGCGACUAAAAGAAGUAUCAGCUACAAUCCUGGCCAACAUAGUGAGUUGUGACUGUGACUUCGAUUCAAUCCCAGUGGGACCCAACCAUCAGACCCUGGUGUCCGAAGACAUAAUUCACAAUCUACUCCAUUUGAUUAGCAACACUGGACCGUCCAUUGAGUGCAAGCUUCUACAGGUUCUUGUUGGGCUCACUAAUUCUCCCACAACUGUAAUUGGGGUCGCGUCUGCUAUCAAAAGCUCCGGUGCCACCAUCAGUUUGGUUCAGUUCAUCGAGGCUCCACAGAAAGAUCUGCGCAUGGCUUCGAUAAAACUUCUCCAGAAUCUUUCUCUGCACAUGGGCCAAGAAUUGGCUGGUUCAUUAUGUGGUUCUGCUGGCCAGCUUAGCAGCCUAUUCAAAGUAAUAGGGGAAAACAUUGCAAGCACCGAAGAGCAAGCAGCCGCCAUUGGGAUUCUAGCAGAUCUCCCCGAAAGGGAUGCAGGACUCACCAAACAGAUGCUAGAUGAAGGUGAUUUUGAAAUCGUCUUCUCAAGAAUCAAAAUGAUCCGGCAAGGAGAGACUAGAAGAAGUCGUUUUGUGACACCGUAUUUAGAAGGACUCGUGCAUGUCCUUUCUAGGAUCACAUUUGUGUUAGCCGAUGAACCCAAAGCCGUUUCAUUUUGCCGUGAUCACGACCUUGCUGACUUAUUCACCCAACUGCUUCAGACAAAUGGGCUUGACAACGUGCAAAUGGCUUCUGCUCUUGCUUUAGAGAAUCUAUCCCAAGAAUCCAAGAACCUGACGAAAUUACCGGAGCUGCCAACGGCUGGAUUUUGUGCAUCGAUCUUUCCUUGUUUAAGCAACCAACCCGUGAUGACGGGUUUGUGUCGGAUUCAUCGUGGGGCUUGUACACAGAGAGAUACUUUCUGUCUAUUGGAAGGACAAGCCAUGGCCAGAUUAAUAGCGCUCUUAGACCAUACAAACGAGAAGGUGGUCGAAGCAUCAUUAGCGGCAUUGUCGAGUUUGUUGGAUGAUGGGGUGAAUAUAGAAGAAGGGGUGAGUAUUUUGUGUGAAGCAGAGGGAAUCAAACCUAUUCUUGAUGUGUUACUUGAGAAACAAACAGAGAACUUAAGAAGACGAGCGGUUUGGAUCGUGGAGCGACUAUUACGGACCGAGGACAUAGCCUAUGAAGUCUCUGGGGAUCCUAAUGUUAGCACGGCACUCGUUGACGCCUUCCAACACGGUGAUUAUCGAACACGACAAAUCGCAGAACGUGCCCUGAAACACAUAGACAGGUUACCAAACUUCUCCGGUAUCUUCCCUAACAUGGGAUAAGGUCCAACAUUUUUCCAUCAUUCACAUGUGAAAGAUCUCAUUGUGGUUUCAUGGCAAGUGUUCACAUAUGAAGAUCUCAUUCUGGUAUUGGUUUCAUGGCUAUCAUUCGCAUAUGAAGAUCUCAUUCUGGUGUUGGUUUCAUCCUGGAUGCAUCUAAGGAGCAAUAGGAGGGAAGGGAGGUACAUAAGAGGUAUUUUGUGUUUUUGUUCUAGUAUAAAGGUACUAUACUUGUAUGUGUUGUUGAUUUCUUCUGAUUGUUGUUUGUUUAUCUUGAUCAAAAAUUCUUGAAAUCUGUUUUGGUGUAUAAUAUUUAUCAGGUCAGGAAAACCGGAAAAAAA